AUGACUCUUAGAUUGGGCACGAUCCUCGUUCUCGACUUUGGCUCCCAAACGAGUCAUCUGAUCCUGCGUCGGCUCCGGUCCCUCGGCGUCUUCGCCGAGCUGCUUCCCUGCACCACCAAGAUCGCUGAUCUGACAUGGAAGCCCAAGGGAAUUGUGUUCUCAGGAGGUCCUGCCUCCGUCUACGAUGAGCACUCGCCCCAUGUUGAUCCCGCUGUCUUCGACUUGAACGUCCCUAUCUUGGGUAUUUGCUAUGGUUGCCAGGAGAUCGCGUGGCGGGUGAACCCCAAGAAUGUUGCCCGUGGAGAGACCCGCGAGUACGGCCACGCCGACGUCAAGAUCACCAAGGUUAACAGCAACGUCGAUCGACUGUUCGCCGGACUCGGAGAGGAGGUCCCCGUCUUCAUGUCCCACUACGACAAGCUCGUUACCCUCCCCGAGGGUUUCGUCGUCGUCGGUGCCACUGAUCACUCCGAGUACGCUGGUAUCGCUCACCAGGAGAAGCCCAUCUUUGGUGUCCAGUUCCACCCCGAGCUUGAACACACCCCCUGUGGAACCGAUAUCCUCCGCAACUUCAGCAUUGAUAUUUGUGGAGCUCAGGCCAACUGGGUUAUGGGCGACUUCGUCCAGCUCGAGAUCGCUCGCAUCCGCGAGCUUGUUGGUGACCGUGCGCUUGUCCUCGGUGCCGUCAGUGGAGGUGUCGACAGCACUGUCGCUGCCGCUCUUAUGCGUGCCGCUAUUGGAGAUCGCUUCAAGGCCAUCCUGAUCGACACAGGCUGUAUGCGUCUGAACGAGUGUGAAGAAGUCAAGCAGACGCUCGGCAAGCACCUUGAAAUCAACCUCACAGUGGUCGAUGCUGGAGAGUUGUUCAUGUCCCGUCUUGCAGGUGUUUCUGACCCCGAGAAGAAGCGAAAGAUCAUCGGAUCCACUUUCAUUGAUCUGUUUGAAGAAGAAGCUAUCAAGAUUGAGAAGGCCGCAGAGAACACCCCCAACACCGGAAAGGUGGAAUGGUUCUUGCAGGGAACAUUGUACCCCGAUGUUAUUGAAUCUCUGAGCUGGCGCGGACCUUCCGCCACCAUCAAGACUCACCACAAUGUUGGCGGUCUUCCCGAGCGCAUGAUGAAGGGCGUAAGUCGAAGUACCCCAAGAAUGUUUAAUCCCUUUUUUUGUACUAACGUACAUGGCCCAUCUAGCAAGGGUUGCGUACUUCUCUUCAAGGAUGAAGUCAGAGCAAUUGGUCGCCAGCUUGGCAUCCACGAGGACCUCGUGAACCGACACCCCUUCCCCGGUCCCGGUAUCGCCAUCCGUAUCCUCGGUGAUGUUACCCAGGAGCGAGUCGAGAUUGCCCGCAAGGCCGACCACAUCUUCAUCAGCAUGAUUAAGGAAGCUGGUCUUUACAACCAGAUUUCUCAAGCCUUUGCUGGUCUUGAUACUAACCGCAGUGUUGGUGUUUUCGGUGACCAGCGCGUCUGGGGAUACAUCGUCAUCCUGCGCGCUGUCCAAACCAAGGACUUCAUGAGCGCCGAUAUCUUCGACUUCGACAACGCCUUCCUGAAGAACGUUUCGCGCACCAUUUGCAACCAGGUUGAUGGUGUUUCCCGCGUUGUAUACGACCUGACCUCCAAGCCCCCUGGCACCAUUGAGUUGGAGUAA